GAGCUUGUAUACGUACACGCACUAAAUAAGCUCUGGCCUUGACGUCAAAUCAAUGCAUCAUCCCGCAGAUAUAUCUUUUUGAAGUUGAGAUGUUCCCUAGAAGCAUGUCGCAUUUCCAUGUGAGUUCUACAAACCAUGUGAUAAGAUACCUUGAUCGAUGGUUGGUUCACCAUCAUGCGCGCAACCAGAAGGAGCAAGAAUAUCACGGGUCGACGCGUUUCCCGAAUCUUGACUCUUCACGGCCCCAACGAGUAUUUAUUCACUUGAAAUAUUGUCGAGAAUCUUCAACCAACUAUUGCACCUCGCUGCCUAAUCUUCGCAGUACCAUAUCUAGUAGCAUCUUUCAGCAUUGCCACGGUCGAUAAACAACCACCGACCAGGCGCCGACAUAUCCCAAGAAAACGGUCACUACAUUUCUCUCGAUCACAAGUAACCACCCAACAAACCGAAACCCAAACCCAAACCACCAGAUAGAAUGCGCUCACCAAAUCCCGACCCGCAGACCUCCACCCUCGCCCCUCGCGAGAACAAACCUGAGUUCGGCACUGGUAAUGGUGCGGAUACUGGUAAACCAAAGACGGUCUCUAUUACCGUCGUAGAUCAACGGGGUGACGAGAUUACAUUUAAGAUUAAGCGCGCCAAGCCGAUGUUGAAGAUCAUGGAGGCUUUUUGUCAGCACAAAGAGAUUGGAGAUAUUUCGAAUGUGAGAUUUCUCUACGACGGUAUUAGAAUCGAUAAAGAACACACAGCGGAUAGUCUAGAGAUGGAUAUCGAGGCCCGAAUUGAUGCUUUUUUGGAGCAGCAAGGAGGUGGCCAUUGAUGAGUUCUAGAUUUAAUGGAGGGCAUAGCAUACACGGCUCACAACUCACAGGUUCGUUUGGCAUUGAAUUGGGGGAAUUGAAGGCGCAAGACUGAGGCGUAAGAAAAGACAUUCGAGAAGAUUUCCAGAUAUAGUACAAAAACACGCCAGGCAAUUAAUGGGAUGAAUUUCUGUGAUUAUUUUCUCGUCCAAUAUCGCAAGAUUGGAGACGAUGGGUCACAUCUCCGCAGAAAAACAUGAACCGUGUUAUUCAUAUUUACUUCAAUAACUCAGUUAAAGAGUGGCUUCCAAAUAUCAAAACCACAUACCAGACUUUCAGUGAACGUUAUAAAUGGCAGACAUGACUACAGGCUCCUCGUCAUAUUCCAAUGCAGUUCA